UGAAUUAUAUCAAUCGGUACUUACAUCUUACAUCCCCAUGCCCUUACCCUUUGAAAAUUUUAUUUUAAUUUUAAAAUUUUUCAAUUUUAUAGUAAUUAUUGAAUUGAAAGCCGCCAACAAACUUUGACAUUUAUGAUAGAAUGGCCAGCCUGCUCUUGUAAUAUAGACGGAACAAAAUUGUUCGUCUUUCCUUAUCUUUAGAGGAUUCAUGGUUAUAAGAAAAAUUGGUUAAGUUUUGUGUUAUCAUUUUUCUAUUAAUCAAUAUGUAGUAAUAAUAAUCCAGAAUGUGUUUGGCACUUAUCUAUAACUCUUAUAUUGUUGACAUAAGUAGCCCAUAUGUUUCCAUCGUACUGGAGGAAUUUAGGGUGCAAUCUGCAGUUCCCUAGCUGUAUAGCUCAUCCAAGCGACAGUGAAGAAAGAUUGUUCAGCGGUAACAUGGCUCGAGAGCCUAUUAUUCUUAAUGUUUAUGACAUGUAUUGGAUAAAUGAAUACACAACACCUAUUGGACUUGGUGUUUUCCACUCAGGAGUUGAAAUCUAUGGACAGGAGUAUGCAUACGGAGGACAUCCUUUUCCAUUCUCUGGAAUUUUUGGAAUCAGGCCGAGAGACACGAAUGAACUUGGAGAACAGUUUCGAUUCAGACAAUCCAUACAUGUGGGAAACACAGACUUCACAGAGCAGGAUGUCAGAAGAAUAGUUGAUGAAAUGGGAAAAGACUUCAGAGGGGAUCGUUAUCAUUUAAUGAACAAAAACUGCAAUCAUUUUUCAGGCUCCCUAACUCAGACUCUUUGUGGCGAAGACAUUCCGUCGUGGGUGAACCGCCUGGCCUACUUCAGCACAUGUGUGCCGUUCCUGCAGCGCUGCCUGCCGCGAGAGUGGCUCACCCCCAUGGCGCUGCAACACUCCAUCAGCCAUCACAGAGAAGCCUCCUCAUCGCCCGACACACCCUUGUAACACACACUCACUCCCCCCUCCUCCCCCUCCUCCUCUCCAGUGCCACAUAAAGUAACACCUCCACCUCAUACAUGCGUACGACCAUGUGUGAUGCACAAUUCUCUCACAAAACGCUGCCUCCUCUCUGAACAAUUGUUGCUAAAUUGACGUGGGGAAAGCUGUGUAUGUAAAUAACAUUUAUUUUAAUAGGCAAUUGUUAUCGAACGUGUAAAUAUUCACAUUUGCUAUGACUGUUGAUUGUAACAAAUUUACUCGCAACUUUUAACUUCAAAUUGUAUUAUUUGUUUUGUCUUUUCAAUUGUAUUUUAUGGAAUUUGUUGAUUGUUUUAAAUUUCAUGUUCUUUAAAAUAUUCAAUUUUAUAAAAUGAAAGAUUCUCUGACUGAUAAUUAAUUCUCUAUAAUCUUUCCUAGUAAAACAUCAUUUCAAUUGAUUGCUAAACAACCGUAAGCUAAGCAAUCUCAGUUGAUUGUAAGUUGAUUACAAUCAUUCAAAAAAACUAUAUUUUGAUAUAGGCUACCAAUAUUGUGUUAUUACAGCGUGGGCUUAUAAAAGUGCAUUCUAACAGUAACUACGUUCAAAUUUGAAAAACUUUUGGACUAUUCAAAAACUGAAUAGGAUUUUUAUUCAAUGAAAUGCAUUAUUCUUAGAUUCUCCUCCAAUAAUUAAGCCUGAUUUUGGUUUUUCCUAGCUAUCAAGAUGUUUUUAUCACUUCUAGACUCAAAACUGCAUGGUGUGAAUAACUUAUGGAUAAUUCAUCAGACACUAACUAUAAAGCAUCAUGAUUCACGCAAGAUGUUAGAGAAUUUCAACUCUAGGCAAGUUUGUGCGUAGUCAAAGGAGGACAAACUAAUACUGAUGAUUAAAUUAUUGGAGAGGGAGAGAACAUCUCAUUUGAAGAGUUAUUGUAGUGAGAAUCUGAAAUAGAUGCAUUGAUUGGAUACCAUAAUUUGAGUGGUUGACAUUUCGGUAGAAGAACCAACAUGAAUGAGAAUGCAGUCAGAGUAAAAAGCUUUAUUAGAGCAGGCCAAAUAUUAGCUGAGAUGCCACAAUCAUUUUCCAAUCCAUUAAACGAAAGACAUGAAUUUUUGUGGUAGUUAUAAAGGAAUCACUUUUCUGAUUGUGAUCUUUAAACUAGGUAUUUUAGACUUAAGACUCUAUUAACAUUGAUUUGUGAAGAUUUCCAAGAAUUAGAAUACUUCAUUCCAUUGAGGCAAGAUACAAUACCGUAGUAAACGUUCAAAAAUACAAUAAGGUGAAGGUUUUUAAUGCCACAAACAGAUUAAAGAUUUCAUAGAUACAAUAGAUGGGAUUAAGGAGAUUCUCCCAUUCUUCUUCGAAUUGCCCAGCUGUAAUAGGAAAAAUAUUGAUGAAUGUUUCAUAGAUAAAUGGCAGGGACUGUUCCAAAUUAUAUUCAACAUUGUGUAGGGUGUUGAAGCUAACAUACUCAUUUAUUGUGAAUCAUUAAUUAUAAUUCAAUAAUUAUUAAUAUUCUAAAAUAGCAUUGAUUGUCUGAAAUACUAUUUUCAAGGUUGUAUUGUUUAAGAAUGGUUAAAUUAGACUAGGACUUAUCCUAAAGGUCUCUUAUGAUUAUACAAAUUAAAUUGACUACAAUAUGUAUUGAUAUUCCCCACACUAAAGAAUACUAUUUUGUGUUGUAUAGACGUAUUUCGAAAUUUAUUCAGUUACACAAUUUAUAUUUCACCACUCUAGACUAUGAGUUCAAACACUCUUCUCUAUUAUAAUAAUGCCGAGUACAAAUUACAAAGUAAACUAAUCCCCUAUAACAUUAAUUUUAUUAGUGACUAAAGUUGAAGGUUUCUGCCAAAACAAUCAAUUUCGUAUGAUCAAUUCAUAAAAACAAAACAGGGCAUCUAUCCCCCUUUCUAAUCAAGUUUUAUAUCCUUGGAUUGUCCAGGUUGAUUUGUGGGUUCUUAUUUUUUAGAACUCUGCUCACAACAAUUUAUUAAAAAACUUUACUGUGAUUUCAUGCAGUAGUUUAACGAAAAGAGUAAUAUUAUAACAAUUAAUUUUGAAUUUAGAAAGAUCCGAAUUCAUAAUAAAAUUCCUUCUACUUAGCACUCAAAACUAAAUAUUAAUUUGAUAUUUGACUCGAAAAGUGCCAAUGCAUUCUGAUUUGUAUUAACGAUAUUCUGCUAGAAUAAUAUUCUACUUCUUCCUCUUGUAAUAUCACACAAACAAGUAGCUUUAUACUUUUUUUGAUGUCAAUGAUAUUGUUCCAUUAUCCGAUCUAAGUACAGCUGCACACUGCCAAACUUGAAAUGAUUGAGCCUUUCGAUUUUUAAAUGGAAAUUAUUUUUUUCAAUAUUUAUUGGGUUGUCACAAAAUUUUAACUCUGACGUAACUUAGUAUUUAUUUAUAAUGACAGUUAAAGUAAUAUAAAUAGUCUGUAUCUUUUGCAUCCACCCAAAUUUAACGAAUGACAAAGCAAUGUUUAACUUUGUAAUAUUUUGCAUCCACUUAAAUUUUACGAUGGUUGUCCGUAAAUUAAUAUCUUCAAUGUUCUAUCAACUUGUCAAUGUAGCCAUAAUUCAGAAUUAAUUGGCUUUUUGAACGCCUGGAGAAUAAUCAGUAGCUUUUUUCUUCAAAUAAGAAAAUGAAUUCCGUUACCUCUAUCAAUAUUUUGAUCAACUCAACUGCUACCGAAACCGGAACAGUUGUGGCUUUGAUCAUCCCACCUCACGCACAAAAGUUUAUUCAAGCAGGAAAAAACCUUUUCAAUGGCUUGUGGUGAACAUCUACGUCAUAAACAAUGUCAUUUCUGAUAGAAGAGCAUAUUGUCAUUUCUGAAACGCACAUUUUUUUGUUACUCGAAAAGCGGCUGGCUUUGAUGUGCUAUGCUAUUCACUCGGUUGUUUGUGUAGGCUACGUAUUUUAUACUCAAUUAUAGCUCAUUUUCAAAUUUAUUCAUGAUCUUUUGAGUCACAGUCACAGAAAUCAUAAAAUGUUUAAUCCUCACCUAUAUUCGUCGAUGUUGCCCGGCCGGCCCAAAAAGGUAGAGAACAAACAAUUACGAAUACCGUAUUUUAGUUGAGGGAGUAAGAGUCUAGGUGAAAUAGCGGUAGCAGCUAGAAAUGCUCACUUGAUGGACAAUUCUGUGAAUUCAGAUACAUCAAAAUUUUUCAUAUUUAAAAAUUAUAUUCUAAUUCUAAUUUUAUUGUAUGCACUGUCUAAAAAAUAAAAGAACAUGAUUAAAUUGAUCAGAGUAAUGACUGUGAUUACGAAACUAGGCACAGGUUUUUUGAACUUUGAAGCAUUCAUGUUAUUAACUAGAGAAGUUUUGUUUCUACUUCUCUUUGGUUUUUUUCAAUUGUGAAAGUUGAAAAGCAGUUUGACUUUGGUAUUCUCUAAGAAUUUGUGUCCCAAGCGCACUGUAGUUCAUUUUGAUAAUUAUUAUUUAGCAUUUCCAUUAGUUUGAAUAUUCACACGAGUAUUGUCUGUGAUUGCUACCUUAUCAGUAUUGUAUUUAAGAGAUUUUCAUGGUUCUCUCAGCAGCUUUUCAAAGUAAUGAUGUUGAUGAUGAUCAUCAUCAUCAUUAUUAUUAUCUUAUUUUAUACUAUAUGUUCACUGUAAUUUAUAUCAAAUGUUCUAUGGAAAUUAUUCACUUUUCCUUAUGAACACAAACAAAACAGAUUUUCAUUUAAAAUCUACUCUGUAGAAACAAAAAUGAUAGAUAUUGACUUUUUCAUUAUUUUUCUGUUUUAGAUAUAAUCGAUUAUAUCGAAAUAUAUAAUGUAUUAUUUAUAAAUAUGCUACUCUUGCUCAUAUUUAUGUAGUAAUGAUUUAUAUUUAUCACUGGUUUACUUUAUUAUGCUAUUAUUUAUAAAACUUGAAUUAAUAUCUGAGGUUUAUUCAUGCAUUAGGGUUUAAGUCAUUGUUUAUUAUUUAUUUCGAUGUGAGCUCUUGGCCUGUGCGCGGGUAAAGGGAGGGAUAAUAGUGAGAAAUAAAUAGACCUACAGUUUUAGGCUAGUUCUUCGUAACCGGAGAAUGACUUUGAUGCUCAUAACUGUUGGGUCCUAACUAUACGAGCGUCAUAGAAGUUCUGAUUUUAUUCGGAACUUCUUCAAAAUGCAUGCCUUCUUAUGGGGCGCUUCUAGUUUCACUCAUAAGAGACAAUUUCAUCAUGUAUUGUAAAUGAUCUAAAAAAUUCAGCACGUUUAUGAUUCUUGUUUAGUUGGGGCUUUAGCUGAGCACUAAGAAGAAUUCUCCCUGCAGAAUAAAUAUUCUCCCUUCAGAAUAAUCUCCCUUAUAACGGGAGAGCCAAGAUCACGGCUUGUAUCUAAGCUUUGUGAUUAGUCAUAGGCGAUUCUGACUGCAAGCAAGGACUACCACUUCCCAAAGGAUUAUUUAUUGGAAAUAAUACUACAUUUCCUCCCUAGUUACAAUUUUUUCAUGGUGAUAAAAAUAUAGGUAAUAAAAGUCUUAUCAUUAAUGAAAAUGGAUUUAAUUAAAAAAUGAUAACCGAAGUUGGAUAAUAAUGCUGAAAAUUUGUUAAUGCUUGCCAGAAAUAUUAUUUAGUAGCCUUUAGCUAUCCCUUUAAUUUUCUUUGUGGUUUAAUAUGGAUAUUCUGUAAAUAUUUGUAAUUUUAUAAUUUGAUGAUAGAGAAAAGGUACAGUACUUUUAUAAAUAUAUUGCGGAUAUUAUCUUGAUUCUUUGAAAUAUUUGUUACUGAACUAAAUUUUAUAUAAUGUAAGUUGUGUGUAUUCAGUGUUAUAGGAUAUGAAAUCAAUGAAUUAAAUGAAUUAUGAUUAAUUAAA